GACAGCUCAGUGCUCGCCCCUGGAAUUAUUUACGUGCCUAAAUUCCAAAUUUUCAACUAAGACAACCGCCUCCCAUGAAUGAAAGUGAGGUCGGUACACCACCUGAACGACAGUAAGCAAUGUGCCAGAGGUUGAUAACCCAGAACUGACGCCCAUUGUGAGGAGUCGCCUGCCAAUCCGCCCGCGAAUUCCCCGCCAGAAUGAUGCUCUACUUGCGCCGCCUUUUUAGCCAGGAGCUCGCUCCGGCGGGCCAGGGUGACUUCCUCGGCUGCUUGCAACAGGCGCCUAGUCUGUUAGCCAACGGAUUCUCGGGAGCACCGGCCCUGGAAAGCCUCAGCUGGUUACACAAUCUGGCACCUUGCUUCCCGCUGCGUGGCGACCAAAUCCAGGUCAUCCACGAGCCCCAGCACUUCUACGAGACGUUGGUCCAGCGCAUCGGGAGGGCCAAGCGCCGGAUAGUUCUGGCCAGCUUGUACCUGGGCACCGGUCAGCUGGAGAACGCCGUGGUCCAGACGUUGCGUCACAGUCUGGAAAAGCAGACAUCCCUGAGGUUAAAUGUGCUUCUGGACUUUACGCGAGGAACGCGUGGAGCUCUCAACUCAAAGACCAUGUUGUUGCCGCUGGUCCGUGAUUUUGCCAGCCAGGUACAGCUCUCCCUGUACCACACUCCUGACUUGCGCGGAAUGACCAAGAGAUUGGCCCCGCCACGAUGGAACGAGCUGCUUGGGCUGCAGCACAUGAAGGUCUAUCUCUUCGACGAUGCUGUAAUCAUCUCAGGGGCAAAUCUGUCCAACGACUACUUCACUAACCGCCAAGAUCGCUACAUACUUAUCGAAGAUAAGCCGCUGGCGGAUUUCUAUGCCCAAUUUAUCGAGCGCGUUCAAGAAUUUAGUUUAGCUGUGGCGCCAGACGCUAGCGAGGGACUGCAUUGCAAUUGGCGCAUCCUGCCGUACGAAGGCACCAAGGAGCAGUUCAUCCAGCUGGCCCGCCAGCGAAUCGCUGACUUUCUGCAGGAGACCUUUCAACGGCAGACGCGAACGAGGGAGCAGAAUCUGCAGGCGGACACAUGGGUUUUUCCUCUGCUGGAGAUGGGCCAGAUUGGCAUACAUCAUGACAGCGUGGUGACCAAGCGACUGCUCUCCAGCUGCGUUAGUGGAUCACGACUAAAACUGGCCACCGGGUACUUCAACCUGACGCAGGAGUACAUGGACACUUUAACGCACAAGUGCCUGGCGCAGUGCAGCAUCCUUAUGGCUCAUCCUAAUGCAAAUGGCUUUCAGGGCGCCAAAGGACCGGCAGGCGGAAUACCGGCGGCCUACUCUUUAAUAGCUAAGAGCUUCUAUGAGAGCCUAGUGCGCCGCAAGCAGAACCAUCGAGUCAACUUCUUUGAGUACGAAAAGCCCGGCUGGACGUAUCAUGCCAAGGGUCUGUGGUAUUACCUACCCGAGGCCCGAUUGCCAAACCUCACGCUAAUUGGCUCGUCGAAUUUUGGCGAGCGAUCGGUGAAUCGUGACUUGGAGACGCAGGUGUGCCUGGUAACGGCCAACAAGGAUUUGAGUCAGCGAUUGCAGGCGGAGGCGGACCGGCUUUACGACCUGUCACAGACAGCGGAGCGGGAGAUCGUCCAACGACCCGUGCCGCGAUGGGUUCAGGCCGUCGUACGCAUAUUCAGGAACUUCUUCUAGGCUCUUCGACACCAUAGUUAAUUUUUUUUCGUUCUUGUUAAGGCCCAUCUCCCAAAUAGUUACUGUAGUUCUUAAUUCGUGUUAAAUAUUUGCCCUGGGCAAGUGUGUGUUUAUAUUGCUGGUAAUUGUUGCUUUUGUACGCAGGAUAAAGUUUGUUAACUAAUAAAGAGAAUUUUUAACGGAAUUGAGAGUAAGCACAAGGAA